AUGAAACGUGGAUCUGUGAUCGGAAAUAUCGCUAAGGAUGUUGGACUUGAUUUGAGCAGAUUGUCCGCUCGCAGGGCGCGCGUGGACUCCGAGGACAACGGAGUCCAGUUCUGCAGUGUGAACCUCAACACGGGAGAGCUGCUUGUUCAGGAGAGGAUUGACAGAGAGGGCCUUUGUGCGAAGAAGACUUCAUUAAACUCAGAUGACGGCGCUUUGUACGUCCACGGCCGCAUUGACAGAGAGCAGCUGUGUCAGGGCAGCGUGUCUGAAAACUCCAAACCAGGCACAGUAGUUUCUCUCAUCCGCGUCAAAGACAAAGACUCUGGAGUGAAUGGUAAAAUCAUCGCUCGCAUCACAAACAACGUGCCUUUUGAGCUCAAACCCUCGUAUAAAGAAAACACAUAUUCAGUUGUCACUAAAGACUUCCUGGACAGAGAGAAGGAAGUGACUGACCACAGUCUGUUUGGCUUGGACCGCUACACAGGACAGAUCAGGACACUUCGCUCAUUCACAGAGACAGACGAGGCCCAGCACAAACUCGUCAUACUGGUCAAAGACAAUGGCAACGUGUCGCUCUCAGCUACAGCUACUGUGCUUGUCAAAGUGGUGGAGGCCAGAGAGGCGUCUGCAGCUUCUGACGUGAAGAGCUCCGCUAAAGACGCUGAGGACACUAAUGUGACUUUUUACCUGAUGAUAACUCUGGCCUUGGUCUCAGCUCUGUUCAUUAUCAGUAUCAUUGUGCUGAUUGCAAUGCAGUGCUCCAAGUCCAGCACUGACUACACCUCCAAGUACUUACAGGACACAAACUAUGACGGGACUCUGUGCCACAGCAUCCAGUACAGAUCUGGAGACAAGCGCUACAUGUUAGUGGGACCCAGAAUGAGCGUAGGCUCCACUAUAGUCCCAGGGAGCCAAGCCAACACACUAGUGCUGCCGGACAGGAGGAGGCCCUCUGAGGAGGAAGUGACUGACCACAGUCUGUUUGGCUUGGACCGCUACACAGGACAGAUCAGGACACUUCGCUCAUUCACAGAGACAGACGAGGCCCAGCACAAACUCGUCAUACUGGUCAAAGACAAUGGCAACGUGUCGCUCUCAGCUACAGCUACUGUGCUUGUCAAAGUGGUGGAGGCCAGAGAGGCGUCUGCAGCUUCUGACGUGAAGAGCUCCGCUAAAGAGUCUGAGGACACUAAUGUGACUUUUUACCUGAUGAUAACUCUGGCCUCGGUCUCAGCUCUGUUCAUUAUCAGUAUCAUUGUGCUGAUUGCAAUGCAGUGCUCCAAGUCCAGCACUGACUACACCUCCAAGUACUUACAGGACACAAACUAUGACGGGACUUUGUGUCACAGCAUCCAGUACAGAUCUGGAGACAAGCGCUACAUGUUAGUGGGACCCAGAAUGAGCGUAGGCUCCACUAUAGUCCCAGGGAGCCAAGCCAACACACUAGUGCUGCCGGACAGGAGGAGGCCCUCUGAGGAGGAAGUGACUGACCACAGUCUGUUUGGCUUGGACCGCUACACAGGACAGAUCAGGACACUUCGCUCAUUCACAGAGACAGACGAGGCCCAGCACAAACUCGUCAUACUGGUCAAAGACAAUGGCAACGUGUCGCUCUCAGCUACAGCUACUGUGCUUGUCAAAGUGGUGGAGGCCAGAGAGGCGUCUGCAGCUUCUGACGUGAAGAGCUCCGCUAAAGACGCUGAGGACACUAAUGUGACUUUUUACCUGAUGAUAACUCUAGCCUCGGUCUCAGCUCUGUUCAUCAUCAGUAUCAUUGUGCUGAUUGCAAUGCAGUGCUCCAAGUCCAGCACUGACUACACCUCCAAGUACUUACAGGACACAAACUAUGACGGGACUCUGUGCCACAGCAUCCAGUACAGAUCUGGAGACAAGCGCUACAUGUUAGUGGGACCCAGAAUGAGCGUAGGCUCCACUAUAGUCCCAGGGAGCCAAGCCAACACACUAGUGCUGCCGGACAGGAGGCCCUCUGAGGAGGAAGUGACUGACCACAGUCUGUUUGGCUUGGACCGCUACACAGGACAGAUCAGGACACUUCGCUCAUUCACAGAGACAGACGAGGCCCAGCACAAACUCGUCAUACUGGUCAAAGACAAUGGCAACGUGUCGCUCUCAGCUACAGCUACUGUGCUUGUCAAAGUGGUGGAGGCCAGAGAGGCGUCUGCAGCUUCUGACGUGAAGAGCUCCGCUAAAGACGCUGAGGACACUAAUGUGACUUUUUACCUGAUGAUAACUUUGGCCUCGGUCUCAGCUCUGUUCAUCAUCAGUAUCAUUGUGCUGAUUGCAAUGCAGUGCUCCAAGUCCAGCACUGACUACACCUCCAAGUACUUACAGGACACAAACUAUGACGGGACUCUGUGCCACAGCAUCCAGUACAGAUCUGGAGACAAGCGCUACAUGUUAGUGGGACCCAGAAUGAGCGUAGGCUCCACUAUAGUCCCAGGGAGCCAAGCCAACACACUAGUGCUGCCGGACAGGAGGAGGCCCUCUGAGGAGUUCCGCUUUUGGUCAAAUGGUGGUAGUGUGGUUUACAAAUGA